AUGGCAAAGACAAGAGGAGGAGGACAAGUUGGUUCCCGUCGUAGUCGACGUAAUCAAGGCUUGGAGGCCACACCUGCAACAACACUAAAGAAAGUGCCAUGUGAAGAGGUAGAAGAUGCUCCACCGCAACCUAUUAGCUUGUCAGCUUCGAAUGGGGAAGAUGAUGAUAAUGAGGAGUCCGGAGAUGAAGUUUCUAAGAAAGAAAUUCCUGAGAAAGCUGUUUCAGAGAAAGAUUCUAAUCAUGAAGCUCCUGAGAUAGAAGUUUCUGAGAAGGAAGCAGAAGAUGGUUUGAAUACUGGACAGGAACAUAAUGGAAAUGAAGAAGAAGCUGUCAAUAUGGAACAAGAUGGAGUUAGCAAUGGUAACACUGAUGAUGUAGCGAAAGAAAAAAAGAGAAGAGGAUCAACUAAGAUGCGUAAGGUGGCUGAAAAUCCUCAAGAAAAGGUUGAAGUUACAUUCACUGACUGUGGUGAUCAUGUUGGACCUGGUUCAGUAACAUUAUCAUCUUUUCUCGGUCCUCUUGUGAGGGAACACGUUCCCGUUACACUUCCUGAUUGGAGAAAACUUGAUGCAGUGACAAGAGACACAAUGUGGGAGCAAAUUAAGGGGAGGUUUAACGUGCAUGAAGAGUGGCAGAAAGCUGUUAUUAUUAAGCAGUUGGGAAGUUUGUGGAGGGCUGGUAAGUCAAGGCUAGUAACAGAAGUAAGAUCUGCGAAGACUGCUGGUGAUAGAUUAGCUUUAAAACCCAGCAACAUCCCAUCCAUUCAAAUAUGGAACUCUUGGGUUAGGAGCAAGUGUAGCACAAAUUUUAAGGUAAUAAGUGACAAGUACAAAGAGCUGAGAAGAAAUCAGAUUCCUCACACCACCAGUCGCAAAGGAAUGCUUCGAUUAGCUGAUGAUAUGAGAAAAAAGAGUAAUGACCCACGUAAGGUAACUAGGAGUAAGAUAUGGAUUGCAGGACACACUCAUGGUGAUGGUAGACCUGUGAAGCCUCAAUUUGCUGAUACUAUUGAACAAAUACGGUCACUUGAUAGUCAAAUGGACUCUACAUCAGCUUCUGAAAAUAUCAGGGAAGAUGCGGUGAGCAAGGUUUUGGGAAAAGACAAACCUGGCCGAGUAAGGGGGUUUGGCAGAGGGAUUACAGCUACUAAGCUAGCGUUUCUGCAUUCUAGAGACGCAAAGAUUGCUGAUAUGGAAAGUGAGAUUAGAGAGUUAAAGGGAAUGGUCCACGACUUAGCUGGGAAGAAGAAAAGUAAUGGUGAUCCUGAAACAUUUGCGAGUAGUGGGUGUAUGAAAGAAGGAGUGAAAGUAGAAAUACUGGAUUGGUUUGACUCAACAGAUGUUGUGAUUGGUGCUGGCUAA